AUGGAAGAACAUGUGGGCCAUUUAAGGCUAGUGUUUGAAGUCUUAUUGCAUGAGGAGUUGUUUGCUAACAUGAAGAAGUGUGCUUUUGGGGUUGACAAAAUGGUGUUCUUGGGUUUUGUGGUGAGUGUCCAUGGUAUUAAGGUUGAUGAAGAAAAGGUGGAAUCUAUUAGAACUUGGCCAACUCCCAAAAAUGCAACUGAUGUGAGGAGUUUCCAUGGGUCUUCAAGUUUCUGUAGAAGAUUUGUAAAGGGAUUUAGUACAAUUGCUUCCUCAAUGACCGAAUUGAUUAAAAAAGAGACCUUUGAAGUAGAGUGUGAUGCUUCCGGAGUUGGCAUAGGUGGUGUCUUGAUGCAAGAGGGCAAACUGUUGGCCUACUUUAGUGAGAAUCUUAAAGGGGCGUCUUUGGACUACUUAACCUAUGAUAAGGAGUUGUAUGCACUUGUGAGGGUUUUGACUCAUUGGUAA